GUUUCACUUAUAAUAUGAUUACUUAUGAUUUCCCCCUUUUUCUUUAGAAGGAUGUCACACCUAACAACGCCAUGGCAUUUUAACGGUAGACCAACACCACUGAUCUACAACACGUAUUUCCCUUUGACAUUGCAGGAUGGCUACUGAACACCUCGACAUGCAGAUGAUGCAGCAGCUGGUGGUAGAUCCACCCUACCAAUCCUUGGAACCCAAGGUAUCAUACAGACCACGUUACAAAUCGACCGGCGGCAUGAUCACAGGCAUCAUUCAGCUUCUGUGCGGCUUCGUCGUGUUCGUUCUUGGAAUCGUUUGCCAUGCCAUGAACCUGACCAUGUCAAUGGCCAUUAUCGGUGUCUGGGCUGGACUAGGGUUCUUCGCUCUGAGUGGGGUGCUGGGCAUCACUUCAUCACGAAGACAAACAAGUGUUAUCGUCGGCUAUAUGACGAUGUCGAUAUUAUCAGCCGUAGUCGCCUUGGUAGCCGGGUGCACCUACGUCUAUGUCGUAUGCGCUGUCAAAGAUACGUGUCCCAUGCUCGACGAACUCCACUUCGACAUCGGAGUCCCGAAAGACGUCAUCAAUUGCUCGAGACAAGCUGCCGACAUCGCAAUGAAUGGCACGUUGGCAGCCGUUUUCUUCGUGGAACUCAUCGUCGCAGUCAUAGGCUCCUGUAUCACGUGUAGUGGGAUAUUCUGCAACCGGGAAUUAUUAGUCGCCACAGUAACGACAGAUGAUUACGAGUAGUAUCAAAUUCGAUGCUACCACGUUUUACCUACCAGAGAGGCUGAUGAUCGACACACAUUGGAGUUAACGGUACUGGUUCCAGCGAAAAUGGAUCCACGAUCAACUCACUCAGACUGUCACAGUGGCUGAAUGUAGAUUUGAUGCUGUCAACACGUCGAAGACAAAAGACAUUCAUUCAGUCAUUAUAAGAUCAUAUCUACUGAAGUAAAAAAAAAAUUCGAUGUAUAUUAUGGAGAUCUUUCAUUCUCAUUUCGAUAUCUUAUUUUCAAAUCAGAGAGAGAGUCUAGCCUGGUGACAGUUUAAAUUAGCCAAAGUCAGUUAUCUGACGUAGCCUUUAUUUUUUCAUUGGUGCGUAUGUGUCGAAACCUCCAAUUCAUAAAUCUUGGAGUAUCUUUUUUUCGGCCCCAGUAAAGCUCACUUCACUACAUUUCGUCAGUAAGGUAUAUUUGUAUAGCGCCAUCUAUCGUUUCUUUGACGACUCGAAAUUUGAUGCAGCGAUGCCUUCGAUGAUGCAUACUGCUAAAGUAGUCGAUGAUUGGACGUCUGAAAUGAUCACGUGAGAUGAGGAUUAUUGUGUAUGCACGUCGUGAGCACGCAGUGGUGUGAGAGAUAGAGAGAGAGAGAGAGAGAGA